UACAUCUCGUUUGAAUAAUCUGUGUAUAAUGUUGAAAUGUCAUUUGCCAAAAUCAUAAUAGUGUGUUUACUAUUUAUUUAAUUUUGUAAAUAUAUGAGUUUUUUCACUAAAAGCAAUAAUUCUUCGUAAAAAUGGACGCGUUCAUGGAUUAUUAUUUCGAGGAGGUGUUCAGUGAUUUGGAUCGUGACAGUUUAAAUGAGCGAUACAAAAGGCGGGAACUUGUUGAAUAUUUUAAUUCCGUUAUAUCAGGAUGUGCAAAAGGACAAAAUGAGUCUGAUAAUGUGACAUGCAAGAAUUUCGUUACAUCAGCAUUACGUUACCAUAAUAAUUGUAAAUCUAAAAAUGGAGAUGUAUGUUUAAUGGGGAAGUACCACAACUUAUUGUACAUUGCAAUGAAAUUAUCAUUUGACUGGAGUCUACAGGAUAAUGGUGUGGUCGCAGCUUUAUUGGAUGAACUGUACGCAUGCGAAAGAACUUUUGAAAGAAUUUUUUUAGGAGCAAUUUUUGGUACUUCAGCCCCGUAUUUCUUGGCGGGUUGGAAAUCAGACUUCAUGGAUAGAGAAGAGAACGUAUCAGCACUUGUAUUCUUCCUCGAUCACGCGACCAAUGCAAAUUUAGAGUUCAAAGAGGGUAAUAAAUCAUAUCGCUUUAUAGAUGUGCCUUUAGAAAGCUGUGGAAAAGCGUCACCAGUCAGAGUGGUCAUACAAAUGGGAGCUGCUGAAAUUUUAAUGAUACUACUUCGAUUUGGUGCAAGGAUUACUUCAGACCAUGUUUCAACUAACCCUAUAGAAUCUAUUUUAGAUCGAUUGAAGGAAUAUAAUAGAAAAUAUCCUUACAAAUUAGUCACUUGCUUGAAAUUAGCACUAAGGGCCGUUCCUAGGUUACAUCUGACAGUCGAUAAGACAGCGUUUAAGCAUUUAGAAUUACCUGAUGAUUAUAAUUACGAUCGGAAAAUUGCAUUGGAAAAGUAUACUGAAAUUUUAGAGGACCAUUUAUUACCUUGUUCAAGAUGUGGUUUGAAACCUGUAGAACUAAAACAUUUAUGCAGAUGUCUAAUACGACAGAUGCUUUGGAAAAAUUUCGAACUACCCUUUGGUAUACAUAAAUUACCUAUACCGAUGCCAUUGAAGAAAUAUUUAGAUUUACUAGAUGACUAGUUGAUUGUUUAGUGGUCAAAAGCCUUGAAUAUUUA